UGAGCCCGCGUGUCAGUGGGCAGUCUGUGUGUGGUACUGGAGAAGAUACUGGGCAAAACGAUUGCGAGCGGAUGGCACGUAGGAACCAAACUUUUCACCAUCAAACAUUUAAAACAAACAAACGGGGAUUGGGCGAAUCGACCAACAACUGGAUUUCUGCGAAUUUUGAACAACCGAGACCCGAGUCUUAACCGAGUAUUAACUGGGAAAAACAUUUUCCAAUCGAUUGUAGGCGCUGCUCUUCUAGGGUUGGGAUUGUACGCAGCCCAGCCGACAACCGAUUCUCAACCAGCGCCUCGUAUAAGGUCACGAGUGGAGGACUUCGACGAUUCCUCCGCGUGAGGAAUUACUGCUGUAUUUACCUUUGUGGAAAGGGACUUAAUGGAGACAAAAGGAUAACUGGGAUAAGGUGUGGGAGAAACUCGCGUGGAUCGGGCGGACGGACCGAGCGUUGUGCGUCCGUUUGUGCUGGGAGGGCUGACGGACAGACGGACUCGGAUUACUGAGGAGCGCCACAUCCACUGGAUCUUAACCUCAGAAAGGAUACAUUCAAGAUGUAUCCACAGGGCCGGCAUCCGGCACCUCACCAGCCUGGUCAGCCAGGUUUCAAAUUCACAGUAGCAGAAUCAUGUGACAGGAUUAAAGAUGAAUUCCAGUUCCUUCAAGCUCAGUACCACAGUCUUAAAGUGGAGUAUGACAAACUGGCCAAUGAGAAGACUGAGAUGCAGCGACACUAUGUAAUGUACUACGAGAUGUCCUAUGGGCUGAACAUUGAAAUGCAUAAACAGACUGAGAUUGCCAAACGGCUAAAUGCUAUUCUUGCUCAAAUCAUGCCUUUCUUGUCACAAGAGCACCAACAGCAGGUCGCUCAGGCUGUUGAACGUGCUAAGCAGGUGACAAUGACCGAGCUGAAUGCCAUCAUCGGGGUACGUGGACUUCCCAAUCUGCCUCUCACCCAGCAGCCUCAUUCUGUUUAUCCUGCUUUGAUGCAGCAGCAGCUCCAGGCUCAGCACCUUUCCCAUGCUGCUCACGGUCCCCCGGUGCAGCUGCCUCCCCACCCCUCAGGGCUGCAGCCCCCCAGCAUCCCUUCAGUCACCGGUACAACGCCUGGUUUACUGGCACUCGGCGCUCUUGGUAGCCAGGCACACCUGCCAGUCAAAGAUGAGAAGAACCACCAUGACCUGGAGCACAGAGAGCGGGAAUCCAGCACGCAGAAUAAUUCAGUAUCACCGUCAGACAGCCUGAGGGCCAGUGAAAAACACAGAGGUUCAUCUGACUACAGUCUGGACUCAAAGAAGCGCCGAGUGGAAGAGAAAGACAACCUGAGCCGUUAUGAUAGUGACGGUGACAAAAGCGACGAUCUUGUUGUGGAUGUGUCCAAUGAGGAUCCAGCCACCCCAAGGGUCAGCCCAUCUCACUCUCCUCCUGAGAACGGACUUGAUAAGGCCAGAGCACUGAAGAAAGAUGCCCCCAACAGCCCCGCCUCUGUGGCCUCCUCCGGCAGCACCCCUUCUUCGAAAGUGAAGGACCACUCACAUAACGACAAGUCCUCCACCCCAGGUUUAAAGUCCAACACCCCCACCCCACGCAAUGAUGCUCCUACCCCGGGAACCAGCAACACCCCUGGGCUCAGGCCCAUACCCGGCAAACCUCCCGGUAUUGAAACACUGGCAGCACCUGCUCUUCGUACACCACUGUCUAUCGCAGCACCCUACGGGGCUCCGUUCGCAAUGAUGGGUCAUCACCCAGAGAUGAACGGUUCGCUGACCAGUCCCGGUGUUUAUCCAGGCCUGCACAUCUCCCCUCAGAUGACAGCCGCAGCUGCCGCUGCUUAUGGACGCUCACCUAUGGCGGCCUUUGAUCCUCAUCCCCACAUGCGUGCUCCUGGUUUACCACCAAGUAUGACCUCUAUACCUGGAGGAAAACCGGCCUACUCCUUCCAUGUUAGCGUGGAUGGACAGAUGCAGCCAGUACCUUUUCCUCCAGACGCUCUGAUUGGACCAGGCAUACCCCGUCACGCCCGUCAGAUCAACACGCUCAGCCACGGUGAGGUUGUGUGCGCUGUAACCAUUAGCAACCCCACGCGGCACGUCUACACUGGGGGCAAGGGCUGCGUGAAGAUCUGGGACAUCAGUCAGCCCGGGAGCAAGAGUCCUGUCUCGCAGCUCGAUUGUCUGAACAGGGAUAACUACAUCCGUUCAUGUAAGCUGCUUCCUGAUGGUCGGACUCUGAUUGUCGGAGGAGAAGCCAGCACUCUGACCAUAUGGGAUCUGGCCUCCCAGACACCCCGUAUCAAAGCCGAGCUCACCUCUUCUGCUCCAGCCUGCUACGCGCUAGCGAUCAGCCCUGACGCCAAGGUCUGCUUCUCAUGCUGCAGUGAUGGAAAUAUUGCAGUUUGGGAUCUUCAUAACCAAACACUUGUCAGGCAGUUCCAGGGGCACACAGAUGGGGCAAGUUGUAUAGACAUUUCCCAUGAUGGCACCAAAUUGUGGACAGGUGGCCUUGACAACACUGUUCGUUCCUGGGACCUGAGAGAGGGACGACAGCUCCAGCAGCAUGACUUCACUUCACAGAUCUUCUCUCUGGGCUACUGUCCGACGGGCGAGUGGUUGGCCGUAGGAAUGGAGAGCAGUAAUGUGGAAGUGCUUCAUCACACCAAGCCAGACAAGUACCAGCUGCACCUGCACGAGAGCUGCGUCCUCUCCCUCAAAUUUGCCUACUGUGGGAAAUGGUUUGUGAGCACUGGGAAGGACAAUCUUUUGAAUGCAUGGAGAACUCCCUAUGGUGCCAGCAUUUUCCAGUCAAAGGAGUCCUCAUCUGUCUUGAGCUGUGACAUCUCGGCUGAUGAUAAAUACAUCGUGACAGGAUCUGGAGACAAGAAGGCCACUGUGUAUGAAGUGAUCUACUAAAUUUACACCUCUGACUGCCGCCUCAGCGGAUUUCAAAGCCUGCGAAUGGAACUUAUCUUCAAGCCUGUUUUGAAUGGAUUCAAGGGGUCACCCCUCCAUCUUUUUCUUAAAGAUAUCUACAGUAGGAAUCCAGGUUGGCAUUUGGUUCGUCCACUCGGCCGGCAUCAGUACCAGAUGUUUAUUAGCACACCUGGAUUCUUGCUGCAAGUGGAGCAGUUGGAAAAACUGUCCCGAGGACUCCCUGACAGCACUAAUAUAGUAAAUAUUGUCAUGCCUUUGCUUUCAGUGUGCUCAUGGGAUUGUGUGUGCCUAUUCCUUCUGUAGUUUUUCCCUUCCUUUGAACACAGUGAACGAUCUGUGAUGUAAUAUGAAGCAGUGCUUCGGUUUUAGCCUCCUGCUCCUUGGACAAUUUGUUAAAAAGUGUAUAUAUGGAGUAAUAAAGACAUUUUAUAAAUAUAUAUAAUUAUAUAUAUUUCCAUGUCCUGAUAUACUUGUGAUGGGUUUCUUUGUCCUCAUGUCCUUGAUGCUUGAUGAAUGUAGAUUAGGACACCUUUCGGUUUUGCAAGCACACGCUCUUGUUAAAAGUGAGACACGAAAACCUUUACGGAGACUUUGUCUUUAUUUUUUGGUAACUUUUUUUGGGUUUCGAGUCUCUGCUGUUCAUUAAAACGAGAUCAGACUGGAGUCCUGCAUGAGUCAGGAUCCGACAGAACACAGCGAAAUGAAAGGAAACGCCCGAGAGGAGAGUCAGUUGUAAAUUGAAAGGGAUGUUAAACUCUGAGGAUAACUAACUGUACUACUUGUCUGUGCCCUUGGCCUUGUGUGCUGUCUUGGCGGAGAGAGGAAUUCAGAUAAUGAAGUGUGACUGCAACAUUCUGAUGCAACAUGGAUUGUACAUCGUGAUGAGUAACAUGCCAACUUAUCCCGUGAGCUUGACGCUGUUGUUGAAGUGGGAUAUGACUGACAGCUUAACUCUGCUGUGGAGAUUCCCGCCCUUAUGAGCCUCCAGCCCAGUGUUUGGGCUGUCACAGAUUUAUGUAAACCUUUUCAUGAGCGAAUCAAGUUGGGGUUUGUUUCUGUAAGUUGAGCCAGUUUUCUAAUGAAUAUAUUCUUGGCCUGCACUUGACUUUGGUGAUGUGGAAGCACAGUGUGAAAGUGAGCGUAAGACAGCAGCUUCCCGAUCAUGGAUAGUGUGGAUUGUUGGACCCUACAGAUCUUUGCUCUAUGGAGCCGUGGAAGAGCCCGUGUCAGUACACCUGAUCUUCAAUACAAUUCCAGACACAUCUGCCUUUCACAACCUCUCAACUUCACACCAAAGUAUGUAGCAAACUGUGUCAGCACUGAUCAUGUACAGUUGUUAAUAAUUCAAUAAACUUUUUUUUUGUAUAAAAA